AUGUUAUUUUAUUCAACAGCGAUUUUUCUGGUACGUGAACCGUUUCGGAAGGUAUUUCUGGCAAGUGAGGUACCAUUGUCGGUUGUCAUUACACAUUUGUGGCUUGCGCCAUUAAUUUCCCCUUUGAUAGUCGCUAUGUUGUAUCUAUGUUUCUGGUUACCUUUUUCGUCUGUACCAGACGCUUCAUUGGUGCCAUCAUAUGCUGUAGCAUUGUCAAUGUUUGGACUUUCCGCUUGGCUAGAAUCGUUCGCCGAACCUUAUGUCAUAUUGUCGCUACGAUUCGGUAUGGAUGUGCAGUACGCAUUUGCCCAAGGUUUCUUGGUGAUAACGCAACGAGUUUUUGUACUCAUUCUAAUUAUUACGGUGCCGAUGUUACCCGUUUAUGCAUUCUGCUGCGCACAGGUUCUGUCAUCUUUCUGUUACACUGCUUUGUGCAUAUAUCUAUUAGUAUCUGGCAUUCGGUCUGUCGCAUCAUCUGUCGGAAGUUUCAGCGUGAUGUCACUUUAUCCAAGUUUCCCUAAAGCCUUCUCGAAAGAGAGUUGUUCUAUAUUGGCAGCUUUUACUAUUCAUUCCAUUUUUAAGCAGGUUAUUACGAAUGCGGUUUUCGAUGCAGUCGAUAAAUUGGGAAGUUUGGUUGCACGCGUCAUUUUUGCACCGCUUGAACAUUCUGCUUAUUUGUAUUUCUCCACUUGUCUUCGACGAGCAACUUCGGCGAAAGACCGACUGGAGACUGAUGUGAAAAAAGGAAUUAAUGCAAUGAAUAGUCUUUUGCAUAUUGUUAUUUUGGUUGGUACUGUGAUAUUUAUUUUUGCAAUAUCCUACUCUCCUCUUGCUGUCAAAAUAUAUGGUGGCACUGUAUUAAUCAGUAAUGCAGGCGCAAAUAUUCUGCGACUUUACUCCUUUUAUAUAAUUGUCAUUGCAGUCAAUGGUAUCACCGAGUGCUUUGCCAUGGCAACAAUGAACGAAGAGGAGCUUCUUUCGCAUGGCUGGUUUUUGUUUUUUUCCUCCCCCAUCCAGAUAUUUCUAUCGUUUCUGCUUUCAUACACUGUCGGUGCAUACGGUUUGAUACUAGCAAAUAUUAUCAGUAUGCUAAUGCGAAUAGUCUACAGCUGGAGGCAUAUUCGUCGUUUUUCAUGCGGUCAAAUCAGUUUUUUGCAUACACUUCCAAAUUUUUCAACAAUUUUAAUUCUCCUCUUUUGUCUUGUUGUAACUUCACUUUCCCUUCUGAUUUUCGGUGGGAUUGAUGGUGUAAUGCAUAAUGCUGCGCACGUAGCCGUUGGAUGUUCCUUAUUCAUUUUUGUUAUCAAUCAUAUCUAUCAAAAUGAUUUGCAUGUUGUCAAAUUCCUAGGUGACAAAUUACUGGGAGCUCAUGAUGAUUAAAGCUUCCACUAUUAUUAAGUAUAGAAGGCAUGUAUCGUUGAUUUUCCAUGCCACUGUAUUCUAG